AUGGCCACUACCACCGCCACCGUCACCAAGGCGCGGUCCAAGAACGACAACCUGCCGCCCGAGAACGAGCGCUUCCUGCGAUGCUGCGCGGAUAUUGCCAAUGCCCUGAUCGAGGAUCAUGAGGCAGUCAGGGACCCUAAGAACCCGCACAAGGACCUCAACCUCAACUCCCUGCGCAACAAGUUCGCGAGGAAGCACAAACUGGCCAACAUCCCACCACUGACUGCGAUUAUUGCGGCGAUUCCCGAACACUACAAGAAAUACAUCUUGCCGAAGCUGAUUGCUAAGCCUAUUCGAACAUCGUCAGGCAUCGCAGUGGUAGCUGUCAUGUGCAAACCCCACAGAUGCCCGCAUAUCGCUUACACCGGCAACAUCUGCGUCUACUGCCCCGGCGGUCCCGACUCCGACUUCGAGUACAGCACACAGUCCUACACCGGAUAUGAGCCCACAUCCAUGCGAGCGAUUCGAGCGCGGUACGACCCUUUCGAACAGGCCCGCGGCCGUGUUGAUCAGCUCAAGUCUCUAGGCCACUCCGUCGACAAGGUCGAGUAUAUCAUCAUGGGUGGUACCUUCAUGUCCCUGCCGGUGUCCUACAGAGAGGACUUUAUCGCCCAAUUACACAACGCGCUCAGUGGAUAUCAGACGUCUAACGUCGACGAAGCCGUGGAAGCCAGCGAGAUGAGCAACAUCAAGUGCGUUGGAAUUACCAUCGAAACGAGGCCGGAUUACUGCUGGCAGCCGCAUCUGACCGACAUGCUGCGUUAUGGCUGCACGAGAUUGGAGAUUGGGGUACAGUCACUCUACGAGGACGUUGCGAGAGACACGAAUCGCGGACACACCGUCGCCGCCGUCGCCGAGACGUUUUGCUUGGCGAAGGAUGCUGGGUUCAAGGUCGUAAGCCACAUGAUGCCCGACCUGCCCAACGUGGGCAUGGAAAGAGACUUGGACCAGUUCCGGGAGUACUUUGAGAAUCCGGCCUUCCGUACCGACGGUCUCAAGAUUUACCCGACGCUCGUCAUCAGAGGCACUGGCUUGUACGAGCUCUGGCGGACGGGUCGCUAUCAGAACUAUACACCCAACGGCCUGAUUGACCUUGUCGCCAGGAUCCUGGCACUGAUCCCACCAUGGACCCGUAUCUACCGCGUCCAGAGAGACAUCCCCAUGCCCCUGGUUACGUCUGGUGUCGAGAACGGCAACCUGCGAGAGCUGGCGCUGGCGAGAAUGAAGGACUUUGGAACGACAUGUCGCGACGUGCGGACGCGCGAGGUUGGUGUCAACGAAGUGAAGAACAAGAUCCGGCCGAACCAAAUCGAGCUCGUCAGGCGAGACUACACGGCCAACGGUGGAUGGGAGACGUUCCUGGCAUACGAGGACCCGAAGCAGGACAUCCUCGUAGCCCUGCUCCGCCUGCGCAAGUGCACUGAGAAGUACACCUACCGCGAGGAGCUUGUGGGACAGCCGACCAGUCUCGUGAGAGAGCUGCACGUGUACGGUACAGCUGUGCCAGUGCAUGCCAGAGAUCCGAAGAAGUUCCAGCACCAGGGUUUCGGCACCCUUCUCAUGGAGGAGGCGGAGAGAAUCGCGAGGGACGAGCACGGCAGUGAGAAGAUUAGUGUCAUUUCUGGUGUAGGUGUGAGGAGUUACUACGCCAAGCUCGGAUACUGGCUCGACGGGCCGUACAUGAGCAAGUGGCUCGAUGGCCGGCCGGGACCCGAGGAGGCUACCUGA